AUGAACGACACAGGUAACUUUGUCAUAUUUGGGCCCAAGGCCAACUGUACCUUGGAACUUUGCCCUAUCGAGAUGAGCGUUUAUGGUUACCGACCUUCUCUCCCUGCCAACAUUGCUUUUACCGCUUUAUUUACAUUGGCGACUUUCGCGCAUGCCUACCUGGGCUUCAAAUGGAAAACACCCUGUCGCGGGCAAAGUCGCGCGUCGUCAUCCGGUGCUAGCCAGGUCGGAGUUGAUGUCGCCAUGGCAGGACUGAUUCUGCAAGUCAUUAUGCUGGUCACAUUUAGUCUCUUGUUCGGCGACUACAUGUUUCGUUACCUAAGGUCGAAGAAGUCCCGAAAUCUCGGGUCAAGAGACAAGCUGUUCUUUGCCUUCCUCGCCAUUGCAGUCCUUGCUACUUUGGCUCGUUGCGUCUUCAGAGCCGAUGAGCUCAAGGAGGGUUACCAAGGGGAGCUGAUCAAGCAUGAGGACUUAUUCGUUACUUUAGAAGGAGUGUUGAUUGUUGUGGCAGUCUUUUGCCUCUUUGUUGCCCAUCCCGGCUUUGUCUUCAACAGACCUGCGAAGGUUUACUACUCAGUUGCUACUGGCACUGAAGCCACAGAGGAGAUGGCUUAUCGAUCUAAGCUUGCGGAUCCGGUCAGUGAGUCAGAGCACUAG